CCUUUUCGUACGAGUUGGUAGAUAAGAGAGCGCAAUCUUAUCUUUUCAAAAAUGUAGGAUUGGCUUUUUCAGGCCGCUGUUUGUGAUGAAUAUUAGGAAACGAUACAUCGACCUGAGAGCUUCCACUCAAGUGUAGUGUGUAUGUGUUGUGACUAUUAAUAAUACGAUUUGUGUAGUGUGAUAGUUUUUUUUUCAAUUUUAUAGGAUAAAAAGUUUGAAAUUCAUCUCCAAAAAUGACGGAUAUAGCAUCAACUGCGACACUAUUUAUAAAAGGCAUAAAAAUGAUACUGAUAAUCAUAAUUUUACUAAUCUACCGAUUCGGAUACCAAGGACAAUUUCUCGGCGUUGGAGGCACAUGGAAUCUGAAUGAGGAGAAGAAUCCGGAUGCUGAAAUUAUUGCGUCAGGAGUGUUUGUCGGUUUUUUUAUCUACACAGGCGUGGUGCUGAUAACAUACUGUUUUGGAACAUCAGAACACAAAAAGACACUUGUGGACAUAAUAAUGAACAUUUUUGGAGCAGUCAUGUUCAUAGCUGUGGGAGGUGUGGCCAUACAUUACUGGGCUGGAUACCAGAAGGAGCACAGGUAUCAAUCGUACAGCUCUGAGAAACAAAUGGGUCUGGGACUGGGUUGCCUCUGUGUUCUCACUGGAGCCGUCUACCUACUAGACACUGUGCUAUCCGUCGUUCAUUUUGUCAGAGAACUCUAAGAACACUUUGGGAGAAACCCAUUAACUGAAAUACUGCCUGAAUAUGUGCUUGAUAGUCACUUAUGGUAGGAAGUAAUGUGUGAGUGAAUGUGAUUAAGAAUGCAACUACUACUCUAGUAUAGGUACUUUUAGCACUACUAUUAUACUUAUUUUUUUAGUAUUAAAUGUAAUGAAUGAGAAUGAAAGCAAGCAAGACACAGUACAAUACAAUAAUCCUCGAUUGUUGAUUCACAUUUUUUAUUUGAACACAUCAAAUGUUUCAUAUUUUGUCAAUUACACUGACAAACUUUCAUAAGGUCUCUUUUUGUGGAUAUUAAGCCAGCUAAACAUAGUUUUAAUAUUAGAGUUUUCAUUACAUUUUAAGAAUUUAUAUUGUUAUGGUUAAAUUGAUGGAAUAAAGUAAAGUUUUCAUAUUCAA